GCUGGGGUCUCUGCUUCAGGCUGCUGCUGCGCUUGAGUUCGGGUACUGUUGAGCAAAUGAACUGCCUUACAUAGUGCAAUAUUUCGACACACUUUGUUUUUAUUGAUGAACUUCUUAAGAGAAGAAAAUACCGUCCAGACUGGUAUUUUUAUUUUAUUUAGUGUAACAUCUCUGGUAAGGUUUUCAAAGAGAACCGAGGUAAGCGGUGGAAAUCUGACAGCGCUAGAAAAAGUAUAGUAGUGCACAUGUGCAUUUGCGUAUUUAAAUACGGAAUAAAUAAAUAAACCGAGAGAGUAAAAACAGGACCCACGUUUUGUUGAAAGAUCUGGAAACUGGGUGCUAUUGCUCCAACAACAGGGAGCACUCUGACUGUUUCACAUAAUUCUGAAGGAAUGUGCCAGGGCCUCAGAGAAGGACUAUAAUAAGAAUUCUGCUUGGAUAACUGAUCAAGACAGGAAGCUCAAAAGCUCCAUGGAAGACCCUCACAAUUUGAAUGAACAAGUAAAGAAAACGUACACCGAAUCACAUGUUUCAGAGCCUUCAAACACCAGCAGGUCUAUGGAAAUGCAGGACUUAGCCAGUCCUCAUAACCGAGUAGGCAACAGUGAUACUCCAGGCUCCAAACUGGAUAAGUCUAACCUCAGCAGUUCUUCAGUUACAUCAAAUGGAACAGGAGACGAGAACAUGACAAUUCUUAAUACUGCAGAUUGGUUGCUAGGUUGCAGCACCCCAUCCUCUGCAACAAUGUCUCUUCUUGCAGUCAAAACAGAGCCAAUGAACAGCAGUGAAGCUGCUACAACAACAGGGGAUGGAACACUUGACACAUACGCUGGGUCAGUUACAGUUAUGCAACACCUAAAACAAAAUUUGGCAGAAGUAAUAACAAGUAGUGGGUACAGUCCAAGGUCAGCACAUCAGUAUUCUCCACCAAUAUACCCUUCCAAGCCAUAUCCACACAUUUUGUCAACACCAGCAGCUCAAUCAAUGACAGCCUAUGCGGGACAGACCCAGUAUUCUGGAAUGCAGCAGCCAACAGUAUAUACAGCUUAUUCUCAAUCAGGACAGCCCUAUGGCUUAUCCACUUACGAUAUGGGUGUAAUGUUGCCAGGCAUCAAGACGGAAAGUGGGCUUUCUCAAACACAGUCCCCUUUGCAGACUGGAUGUCUUAGUUACAGCCCAGGGUUCACCACUCCUCAGCCAGGACAAACACCCUAUUCCUACCAGAUGCCAGGUUCAAGUUUUACGCCAUCUUCAGGCAUUUAUGCAAGCAACAAUUCUGUGUCUAAUUCAACCAACUUCAGUAGUUCUCAACAGGAUUAUCCUUCAUACACAGCUUUUGGCCAAAACCAAUAUGCCCAGUACUAUUCAGCCUCAACCUAUGGAGCAUAUAUGACCUCAAACAGCACAGCUGAUGGCACAUCUUCAUCUUCAACCUAUCAACUACAGGAACCUCCUUCAGGACUGAUUGGUCAGGCCACAGAACUUCAUGCAGGAGAUUUUGACACAGUGCAGAGCCCAUCAACACCAAUCAAAGACCUGGACGACAGAACGUGUAGGAGUUCAGGGUCAAAGUCACGUGGAAGGGGUAGGAAGAAUAAUCCAUCACCCCCACCUGACAGUGACUUGGAGCGAGUAUUUGUGUGGGAUCUUGAUGAAACUAUUAUCAUCUUUCACUCACUCCUUACAGGAUCCUAUGCACAAAAGUAUGGUAAGGAUCCUCCUAUGGCUGUAACACUUGGUCUACGCAUGGAAGAAAUGAUUUUUAAUCUUGCUGAUACACAUUUGUUUUUUAAUGACUUAGAGGAAUGUGAUCAAGUUCACAUAGAUGAUGUCUCUUCGGAUGACAACGGACAAGACUUAAGUACUUACAGUUUUGCAACUGAUGGCUUCCAUGCAGCUGCAACAAGUGCAAACCUCUGCCUGGCCACUGGUGUGAGAGGAGGGGUCGACUGGAUGAGGAAACUGGCUUUUCGCUACAGACGAGUAAAAGAGAUGUAUAGCACAUACAAAAACAAUGUUGGGGGACUUCUCGGCCCUGCCAAAAGAGAUGCAUGGCUGCAGUUGCGAGCUGAAGUUGAGGCUCUGACAGAAUCCUGGCUGACAAACGCACUUAAAUCAUUGUCAAUCAUCAGUUCAAGAAGUAACUGCGUCAACGUAUUGGUAACAACAACACAACUUAUACCAGCACUUGCUAAAGUACUUUUAUACAGCCUAGGGGGAGUAUUUCCUAUUGAAAACAUUUAUAGUGCAACCAAAAUAGGAAAGGAAAGUUGCUUUGAGCGCAUAAUGCAAAGGUUUGGCAGAAAAGUAGUAUAUGUUGUAAUUGGGGAUGGUGUAGAAGAGGAACAGGCAGCGAAAAAGCACAAUAUGCCUUUCUGGAGGAUAUCGAGUCACUCUGACCUGUUGGCUUUGCAUCAAGCACUGGAACUGGAGUACCUGUAACUAUGUUAGAAUGCUGGAAGUUGGAACUGGAGAACCCGCAAUUGUAUUAGAAUGCUGGAAGUUGGAACUGGAGCACCUGUAAUUCUAUUAGAACGCUGGAAGUCCCUUUUUUAUAUUUAAAAAAAACAAAAUACACUGAGAUUUUUUUUUUUGUCGUCUGUGAGUUAGAACUUCUGGCUAACAAGUAUAAACUGUCUUAAGAAGAAGAGAACUCUUUCUGUAACAGGAGCUCAGCCAGCCAGAAAGAACCUGCCUAUCAGAUCUACACAAGGUCUUAUAUCAAGACAUGCAUUUUUAUUAAAGCAUAGAUGUGAUGGACAUUGCUGGCACACACCCCAUAAAGAUGAAACCUUCUCCAAUCUUAGAAUGAACAGUUUUUUUAAGUGACAGACUCCUUUGCUUACUAAAUAAGACUGCGUCUUCCCUCCUACAGGGUGGUGAUCAACAGCAUUCCUCAAGAUGGAAUAUAUUCACAUUUUAAACAAACAUUUACCUACCUAUCUGAGCAAAACCUGCAAUAGAAAUGCACUCUGAAUACGAUGACAAUCGUGAUUUGUGUAAAUUAUUUUAUGGUUACUAGUUUACUGUGGCAACCACCUCUAGAAAUGGAUGUUGUUGAGAGAACGGGGUAUUGUCACUUUUGUAAGUUUGAUAAGCAGAAUGUGCAUAAUGAUUUGUUGUGCCUUAAAAUGAAAAAAAAAGACAAGUGUUUGUGUGUCACGUUGUAAUUUUGGUUAAAGAAAAAAAAAAUGUAGAUAAAAUUAUUUGUGAUCAUUUUUAACAUGACCAAAUUUCAAAGCAUAGGAUUUGCAGUUCUGCGUUAAAAGCAGAAAAAAACAUCAGUUGGAGCAAAUAGAAAAUAAAAGAGUUUGUGUUUUAAUUAAUGGAUCUCACAUGACUUACUAACUAUUCACUCAUAACAGCACAGAUGUUACGACUUAGGAAGGUUUUUUUUGUUUGUUUGUUUGUUUGUUUGUUUGUUUUUUAGUUUCAGUUCAAUACCUCAAUGUAUAAAAUACUUUUCAUAUAAAAGAAGACGCAAUGGUUAAAAAAAUAGCUCCAAGCCACAGUCUAUCAGGUUACAAGACUCUCCUUGAACUAAGUUCAAAUAUAAAUUAUUCUGAAGAUGCCCUGUUCACCAACAGCAUCCUUAUAUGUGUUAUAAAAUGCAGUUAACAUUUUAGGAAAUUUAUACAUAUUUAUAGAAAUUCUUGGGCUCUACCAAUUGUCCAGAUUCCUCUGAUAUAACUAAACUGUUUUAACGCUAACAUUUAAGUGGUAAAUUGAAGAUAUUUACAGCUGUUGGUCACUGCAGUGCUACAUUAAAAAUCUGAAGAUUAAAUGAAUUACUAUUGUUGCAGACGUAUUUAUCAAGGCUUUUCGAACAUGCUUUCUAACAUGUUGCACAGAUAACCUGUUGAGUAAAGUCCCAGACAUUUUCCCAAAUGACAGUACACUGUAUGUACAACCUAAAAGCAUUAUUCGAUUUGUGGCAAGUAGUAAACAAUACAUAAAUUAUCCAAAUCUGUAUUUUUUAUUUAAUCUUAAUUUCUCACUGUUAAGGGGCCCAAAAAUAUGCUUAAUUGUGGUUCUCUGUUUCUAUGGCUGUGAAGAUUAUUUUAAUAUUGUUUUUUUUUUUUUUUUUAAUCACUAUGCAUUUGUUCCAGUGCAAAGUUUGUGAAUUUUACAAAAUUAAAUAAUGAAAUACAUUAUGUGUGUUUAAGUGCUCUUGUUUACUCCUUAUUUCUGUUGACUGCUAGUUUACCUGUACCGUUUUUUUUUUCUUUUCUUUUUACAAUAAAAAUUGAUGCAAGCUUUGCACUGGAGUAAAUGUGUUGUGUAUCUGUCCCAUAAUAGGUGACAACUGCUGUAUCAAUCAGCCAGCGAUGUCUGAAAAAGGAUUGGACUGCUGACUAGAAGUUGGGAUGAGAGAGCUGUAUGUUAUUACUGCCAUUGUGUUCAUUAGUUCUUAUUUUAAGGGGUGGCAUCAGUGUAUUUAUUACCCCCUAUUGCAAGACUUCAGAGAAAAAUAAAAAUGUUCUUCCAUAAAAGUACUAAGCAGUACAUAUCAGGCAGGCUCAUUACUCACAGCUGUAUUCACUCAAGUAACAGAACACAAAUGGCACAAACAACUUUGGAUGACUGGAAAAACAUGUACUUGGUCUGAUGAAUAUACUUCUUACUUUGAAGGAUUAUCAUCGGGAAGUAUCUACAGUAAUCCCUUCACUCUGACGGACUUAACCAACUGUCAAAAUAACUUUUUUUUUGUUUGUUUAUUGGCGUAUGAACCCUAUUCAUGUCUUGAGUCAGUCGGGAACCUCCCAAAAAACUUCACUCGGUGUUUAAAGACAUGGCUAUUCACAACAGGUCUGCAGGAGCCUCAUGAAGGGUUCCUAAGUAUAUACACCAUGUAUAUUAUACAUCAGUUACUAAUAGAAAUAAUACCAAUAAUGCAGGCUUUAAUAAAAAGUGCUACCUCA